UUAUGCAUAUCUGCAAUCGAAUAAUCUACAUGUAAUUCAUAACUAUAGUGCACAUUCUUUUGUUAUGGGGAGCAUUUAGUAUUCAACUGUGUUAGUAAGAUAACGUCCACUGAAACAUUGGCGUAUCUAUAGGUCAGCGUAUGUGUUAGAUGCUUGCUAAUGUAGUAAGUAGGAGAUCUUAUUUUCGCUACAUAUUCAGAUACACAGCACAAAAUGGAAGGCUUUUUUGCACCAUUUGUCGCCGCAGAAUUUAUCUUUAUAUCGACCACAGGCGCUGGCCUAAUUGUCUAUAGCUUCUUGAAGACGUUUCCUGAUGGCUCAUUCCGGACGUUUCUGCAGGAUUUUGUCAAAACUACAGUCCUAUGUGCGCAUCCAUUUGGACACGCAAUUAUGUGGAAGUUUUAUGGGGGAACAGGCUUUUUACUCGGUAUGAUACCACUAAUGGUUUUAUAUAGCCGUCUUUUCACCGAAGGGGACGACAACCCUGUCGUAGUCUGGAUCAAAUAUUUUAAACGAGUUAUUCCUCUUUGGUUGUGCUUGCUAAAAACCGUCGUUCAACUCUUUGCCGGUUUGGCCGCGUACCGUUUCGGUAUGUUUUUAUACAGAACGGAAUUACACGACCAUUUCUCAACGAAAAUCACAGAAAAUGCGGCUGGCCGCUGCACCUCCACUCUGAAUGUUCCUAUUGUACAAGGAUUUCUGAUCGAAAUGGCGGGAACUGCAUUUGUCACGUGGUUUGCGGCACAGAGUCUGACUGGAAACAAGGCGGUUGACGGAGCUAUCAAAGUGGCCAAUACAGGCAUCGUGGUCGUGGCAGGAUUUUAUUCCACCGGAUCGUUCCUUCACCCCCCAAAAGCUUCAGGGAUAACAUUCGGCUGCGGGAACACACCUUCUACAUACCAUGUGGUCGUUUAUUGGCUAGGUCCACUUGUUGGGGCGUGGCUUAGUAGUCAAUUACAAAAUAGAUUCAAGCUGGAGCGAAUUUCGGACAGUAGUAAAAAAGGAACAAAAGCUGAAUAAUAA